AUGGCUUGGAACUUGGCUGUGCAAUGUGACAAAGACCCAGUGACAAUGAGAGAGUUUUUCAUACUUUCUUAUAAGCUGUCCCAGUUUUGUCCUUCUGAUCAAGUAAUUCUGAUUACACAGAAAACAUGUUUACUUAUGGCAGCUGCAGUUGAUCUAGAGCAAGGGAAAAAAGCUUCAACAACUAUUGAGCAGACCAGGUUACUGAGUCGUGCACUUGAGCAGGUCCAUAAAUGCAGAGACAUCUGGAAUCUCCUAAAAGAAACAGGGGACUUCUCAAAUGAUCCAUCUGAGACAUUGCUUCUGCUGUAUGAAUUUGAAGUUAAAGCCAAAAUGAAUGAUCCAUUACUGGACAGCUUCAUGGAACCAGUGUGGGAACUGCCUCAUUUAGAAAGUAAAACUUUUGAAACAAUUGCAUUAUUAGCAAUGGAAAUGCCUGCACACUAUCCUUCCAUCGCUGUAAAGGCCUUGAAAAAGGCUUUAUUGCUCCAUAAAAAGAAAGAAUCAAUUGAUGUUUUGAAGUACAGCAAAUGUAUUCACCACUUGAUUAACCUCUUAAUGCCAAAUGGGGCAUGGACUACAGAACUCUGUCCCUUGGAAGAAGUUUGGGGAUAUUUUGAAGACGCUCUGAAUCUUAUUAGCCAUACCGAAGGCUACCCAGAAAUGGAGGUUCUCUGGCUGAUGAUCAAGUCCUGGAAUACUGGAAUACUUAUGUAUGGCAGAAGCAAGUAUGUGUCUGCUGAAAAAUGGUGUGGCCUGGCAUUGCGUUUCCUUAACCACAUUGGCUCACUCAAGAGAAACUAUGAAGCUCAGAUAAACAUCCUCAGACUCCUCAGCUGUUCCUCGUGUGAAGUAGUCAAGUUUACCUCGCAGGAGCCAAAUUCCAAGUUCCAGUGAGAUCUGAUCAA